UUAAUUUAUUAUUAUUUUGUGUUUAUUUUAUGGCCAAAAUUCAAGAAAUGUCAUCAACAUCUUCAAGCAACGAACCCCCCUCACCCACAAACUCCACCGGAUUAAAUGGACAGAAUGGACCCGUAACGUUUUUUGUGCCGGCAAAUCAAAGAAACACUUCAAAAAUAUCGGCGGCUACACAUGCUGCGACAAUGAUGGUUAACAGCCUCCCAGCAGGCUUAGCAGCUCCUCAACAAAUCCCCCAAACUUCAACACAUGCAAUUGUUGCCGCGGUUAUUAACCCUGCUGGGCAGGGAAUUCUUCCACUUGGAUCGGCUAGUUCUGAACUUUUAUCAGCCUUUGAAUGUCCAGUUUGUUUAGGUUUUGUUUUGAAUUUUUAA